AUGAGCUUGAGAUCAAUUCUGGGCCGCUCUGGCCGGGUCAAGAAGAAGAGUUCCGGCGCAAAGCGACCCUCUGCCUCGUCGACUUCAUCGUCCUCAUCAUGGACCUCGUCCUUACCACGAAGCAAGCCCAUAGGCACACCGAAGGGCAAGGUAGCAGCCGCGCGUGUGGAUGAUGAAGAUGAAUAUGAAGACUUAUUUGAAGACAAAUUGGACGACUACGGGCUGGUUCGAGCGCUUGCGACCGAUUUGCAACUGCGCGACACAGCGCAAGCCAUUCUUUACAUACGAUCGCACAUGUUCUCGCCGAUUCCAGAUCAGGCUGCCGGUAUGACUUCUACGCGCAUAUCGGAGGUGUUGAACUACCGGAAGCAGUUACCGCCGAUCGUGACGAUGUCGCAUAUACAAGCCCUGCUGUCGUCCCCGAGCGCGGUGGAGCGAGAGAUCGCAGAGAUGGCGCAAUCGGGAAUUGUCCGGAAAAUAGUCGUCGCAAGGCGUGGUGAGAUUGGGGAGACACUAUUACUGACUACAGACCUCGAUAAGAUGAUCGACGAGUGUCCACAACUGUCAGAAGCAACAAAAGAGCAUUUCAAGACCUUCUUGAAGGAAAAUCCGGCCACACAGAUGGUGCCAAAGACAGCGCUGUCUUGGUCUGAACUCGAUCAACUCUUUAAAACAGGGUUCUUGACAGCUCACCACUCAGGGUCCGUUACCCACUCGUCUGUAUCCAACACCGUGAAUCUUUAUUCGCGCCCAGAAGACAAAACGACGCUUGUAUCUCUAGAGACAGUCUCGAAACAGCCAACGGGCUCGCUAGGCACUGUCGGCGGAGUGGGAGCCGUGCACAACGCCGGCGGCAGUGGGCAGCGCACGCAGUGGUCACUGCCGGACGGCGUGACUGAACUUCGGCUAGCAAUACCGGGCAACAGCGCAUUUCUUAAGCUACUAUCGUCCGCACUAGAGCAUUUCGUCUCUCUGCUAAGCAAGUCGCGAUUUCGGGAAGCGACCGAAGGCGUACUUCGGGACCGAUGGAAUGGGGUUGUUCCGAAAGAUGACGCGAGGGACGCAGCCAAGCGAUCGCGUGGCGAGUUCACGGGAAAACUUGCUGGCCAGACGAGAAAGUGGAAACAGUUUCGUGGGCUUGCAUUUCACUUCGUCUUGCAACAAGCCCUCGGGUCAGGCUUAGUUGAGGUUUUUGAAACUAGAAGCGUCGGUCGUGGAGUCCGA